UCACACAUGACCAUUUAAAACCAUCUCUGUAAUCUCUUUUCUUUUCUCAGACACCUGCAGAGGUGGUUAGCAGGACAGAGGGAUUAAACACUUUGCUGCGGACAAUACACAGACUUUAACAGAUUGUUUCCUUUCAGCAGCAGCCAUGGUGGAUGCAGCGGCAGCAGAGCAGUUCCUGGAUGCCAACCCGCAGUUUGCAAAGCAGUACUACGACAUCAACUUCCGGCCCAAAGUCAUCUCAGACCUGCUGGACAACAACAGGAAGGCGGCGGUCGACUUCAGCAAGUUCCACGACCUGACAAUGGUGGAGGAGAGCGAGGUCCUCUUCGACCUGGUGCGGGACAUCCAGGACAACCUGCAGAUGGAGAAGUCCGUCUUCAACCUCAUGAGACACCUGAGCUUCAUCAUGAGGGCGGACCGCAUGAGCCUCUUCAUGUACAGACAGAGGAACGGAGUCGCUGAGCUGGCAACCAGGUUAUUUAAUGUCCACAAAGAUGCAGCCUUUGAUGACUGCCUGGUGGCCCCUGACAGUGAGAUUGUGUACCCGUUGGAUAUGGGCAUUGUGGGCCAUGUGGCGACCUCCAAGAAGAUGGUUAACAUUCCUGUUGUGUCUGAGAGCCCUCAUUACAGUGACUUUGUAGAUGAGCUGACUGAGUAUCAGACCAAGAACGUCCUCGCUGUCCCCAUCAUGAACGGUAAAGACAUGGUAGCCGUCAUGAUGGCCGUCAACAAGCUGGACGGGCCGCACUUCACUGCCAAGGAUGAAGAGACCCUGAACAAGUAUCUCAACUUUGCUAACCUGCUCUUGAGAGUUUUCCACCUGAGCUACCUGCACAACUGUGAGACCAGGAGGGGACAGGUGAGGCUGCAGAGCAUAGGGACAUCUACUGGAUCAGUUGCCCGUUCUUCGUGUGAUUUUCUUUCCCUGGCUGUGUGUGUGCAGGAGUUCUUCGACCUCUGGCCUGUUCUGAUGGGAGAAGUUCCCCCGUAUGAUGGACCCAAAACUCCUGACGGCAGGGAAGUCAUCUUCUACAAGCUGAUUGACUACAUCCUUCAUGGCAAAGAAGACAUCAAAGUCAUACCGUCUCCUCCUGCAGAUCACUGGGUCCUGAGUUCUGGUUUACCCACAUAUGUAGCAGAGAAUGGACUGAUUUGCAACAUCAUGAAUGCAGCGGAGGAUGAGUUCUUCAACUUUCAGAAAGAGCCUCUGGACGACUCCGGCUGGACCAUUAAGAACGUCCUGUCCAUGCCAAUCGUCAACAAGAAAGAGGAGAUAGUGGGUGUGGCCACGUUCUAUAAUAGGAAAGAUGGGAAACCCUUUGAUGAAAUGGAUGAAACACUGAUGGAGUCGCUGACCCAGUUCCUGGGCUGGUCCAUGCUGAACCCGGACACCUACGACAAGAUGAACAAGCUGGAGAACAGGAAGGACAUCUUUCAGGAUAUGGUCAUGUACCACGUGAAGUGUCGCAAGGAUGAAAUCCAGCACAUUCUGAACACCAGGGAGAGAUGGGGGAAGGAGCCGGAUGAGUGUGAGGAGGAGGAGCUCCAAGAGAUUCUGUCAGAGGUUCUUCCAAACUCUAAAAAAUCUGAAAUCUUCGAGUUUCACUUCUGUGACUUUGAGCACAGUGAACUGGACCUGGUGAAAUGUGGCAUCAAGAUGUACUAUGAGCUGAAAGUGGUGGACAAGUUUCACAUUCCUAGAGAGGCCCUGGUGAGAUUCAUGUACUCUCUCAGUAAAGGCUACAGGAAGAUCACCUAUCACAACUGGAGACAUGGAUUCAACGUCGGACAGACCAUGUUCACCCUGCUCAUGACAGGCGAUCUGAAGCGUUACUACACAGACCUGGAGUGUAUGGCCAUGGUGACCGCCGGCUUCUGCCACGAUAUUGACCACAGAGGAACCAACAACCUUUACCAGAUGAAGUCUGGCAAUCCUCUGGCAAAACUUCAUGGGUCCUCCAUCUUGGAAAGACACCAUCUGGAGUUUGGGAAGACACUGCUGAGAGAUGAAUCACUGAACAUUUAUCAGAAUCUGAACCGCCGUCAGCACGACCUCGUCAUCCACCUCAUGGACAUCGCCAUCAUCGCCACUGACCUGGCGCUCUACUUCAAAAAGAGGACCAUGUUCCAGAAGAUUGUGGACCAGUCCAAGACCUACGAGAACUGGAACGACUGGACCAAGUACAUGAUGCUGGAGACCACACGCAAAGAGAUUGUCAUGGCCAUGAUGAUGACCGCAUGUGACCUGUCAGCCAUCGCCAAACCGUGGGAGAUUCAGAGCAAGGUGGCGCUGUCUGUAGCUGCAGAGUUCUGGGAGCAGGGAGACUUGGAGAGAACCGUCCUGGAGCAACAACCCAUUCCCAUGAUGGACAGAAACAAAUCUGAUGAUCUUCCGAAGCUGCAGUGCGGUUUCAUCGACUUUGUUUGCUCUUUUGUGUACAAGGAGUUCAGCCGUUUCCACGUGGAGAUCACCCCCAUGCUGGACCGCCUGCUGAACAACAGGAAGGAGUGGAACGCCCUGAAGGAGGUGUACGAGGCCAAAAUGGCUGCACUGGAGGAGGCCAAGAAAGCCAAGGAGGGGAGCGCUCAAGGAAAUGCUGCAAAAGCGGGUGAAGCCCAGUCUCAAUCAAAGACUUGUAAUCUCAGCUAGAGAUGCUACAACAGUACCGAGCUGCUUGCUACAUUGUUGUGGUCCAAUUCUGGGCAUACCACAGAAGAUCUUUCUAUGUACUCCCUCUGUCACUUAAGGUUUUAGUAAUCGGAGCAAAUCUCUCCCUGUUUCCUUUACAGCUGCAUGUUUCGCUUUUAAACUACCUUACUUCUUUUCUGCUCUGCUUUCCAUCUGUACUGCUUCCGCCUGUCCCAUCUUUAAUGUUGUGUCACCCAUUUGAUGCAGUUGGCUGUCAGUUCUGAACAGCUGUUUGUAGGAAGCUUUAAUAUCUGACACUUAAAGCAACGGAUGUGUAAGAAUUUGGUUCGGUGCGCUUUGGCGCCCACCAAAGGCCUCUGAAUGCAACUGCAGUUUUAUGCUACCCUGUUUAGUGGACUGUAAUAUGAUUGUGUUUUCUCCGUGUGUGACGUUAAAUACUAAAGAUGAUUUUAAAUGACUUUCCUGAUUCUUGGUUGAUGCUGCCCUAAACGAGUCGGUGAUUUGAAGCAUGGGUCAAAAAAGAAGCAACGCUGAACCUUAGAAUAGUCUAUCAAUCAGAGCAAACAGAUUUAGCUACAUCUGUUUAAUAUGCACCUGAUGAACAGGGGGGUGUGUGUAUGAGUGUUUCUGUAGAUAUAUUAAAAACAUGUCAAAAAGGCACGAACAUCCGAGAAAGUUAAAGUACUGGGUGCUGGACAAAAUAAAUCCAAAGAGAGAAAAAGUAGUGAGACGCUGCUCCAAUUAAGUAGAAUUUCAUGGAAUAUCACAUGUAACGUUUCGGGCCCUCGCCAUUCAUCAGACAUGAUGUCAUGUCUGUAGAUAUUUAAAAACACCAUAGUUCAUUAAGCACAAUCGCUCAUUGCAUGGGCACAUCGGUUUCUGAGGAGGUCAAUUUUGUUCUGCAUAAAUAAUAAAUGUGUGUGUCAGCACAAAGUGUACAAGUACAACAUAUAAAUGGUUUGAUACAUCAUGAAGAGUUUCUACACAGACAGCAUAUUUGAGUUCACUUCUCUCAGCAGUUAUUUAUUUUGUAAGACACAUACUCGACACACACUCUCUCUGCAUGUUUGUUGAACUCUCGCUGCACUCUUAUUCAUUCCCAUAAGAGUUUGUUUGGGAAAGUUUUGCACUCGUCUCAUUCAUGAGGAUUUACAUCCCAGCGAGCAUUUGACUGACAGCAGCGUGCAGGAGCUAGUCGAAGUGUUGUGCCUAAGUGUUGUACCCCCACAGUAGGAACCCCACGGCUUACGUGUCUAUGCAUCAAAUGUAGGAAAAUGCUUUUUAUCCCAAAUUCCUUUUUUUAUUUAAAGUUUCUUCAAGACGUUUACAAUUUAAAGUGUCAUUCCCACAAAUUAAAUUGCUGGAACAACUAAGUAAGCACAGAUUUACAGAAGAGCUCUGAGUUAAAACUAGCUUAAUUCUUAAGAGAAAUAAAUUCAGAUGUCUAGAUUACAAAACCAUUGAAGAGGAGAAAUCAUGUGUAUCAUAUUUCAAUAAAUAUUAUGGUUAAGA